AUGAGCAGUAAUUUUGCUCCUACUCAAUGGCAUCGAAGGGCUCUGCAGACGAGACGCGAAACCGACCGGGAUACCCCUGAGCAGGCAUGCCGCCCUCAUCUGCGCUGCUGCUGUUGCUUCUCCGCCAAGGAAGUAAUAGCAGGCGCUCCCUCACCUUCCGCACGAUGUCCUCCUUGA